AUGUCGGCUGAGCAGGAAGCCGGUGCCGCUCCCAGCGAGCACUUGAACAUUAAGGUCACGGAUAACAACAACGAGGUCUUCUUUAAGAUCAAGCGAUCAACACAGCUUAAGAAGCUUAUGGACGCCUUCUGCGACCGCCAGGGAAAGCAGAUGUCUACCGUCCGCUUUUUGUUCGACGGCACCCGAGUGCGCCCAGAGGAUACCCCGGACACGCUCGACAUGGCCGACGGUGACACCCUCGAGGUUCACCAGGAGCAGAUCGGUGGUUAA